CACUGAUGCUGUAAAUAAGGUUAAAGAUUCCAAAGGACUACUCAUAUUGCUUGGGUUGGUGUUGCAGGGAUUCAGAUUGCUGUGGUGCUGGGGCUAUUCAGAAAGGUGUGAUCUGGAAUCCUCCCCAGCCCUUGGGUGAAGUUUGGAAGCUGCACAGGAUGGCUUCAGAAAAGGACGAACUGGUCUUCUUUGUAAAUGGCAAGAAGGUGGUGGAGAAAAAUGUGGACCCAGAAACUACUUUGCUAACCUACCUUCGACGGAAAUUGGGCUUAUGUGGAACCAAGUUGGGCUGUGGAGAAGGUGGAUGUGGCGCCUGCACUGUUAUGAUUUCUAAGUUUGACAGAUUCCAAAGCAAAAUCAUACAUUUUUCUGCAAAUGCUUGUUUAUUCCCUAUCUGUGCUCUCCACAAUGUAGCAGUAACUACUGUUGAAGGCAUAGGAAGCACGAAGACAAGGCUGCACCCGGUACAGGAAAGAAUAGCAAAAAGCCAUGGAUCUCAGUGUGGUUUCUGCACUCCUGGUAUUGUCAUGUCCAUGUACACGCUACUUCGCAAUCAACCUGAACCCAAUAUGGAAGAAAUUGAAGAUGCUUUCCAAGGAAAUCUCUGCCGCUGUACAGGAUACAGGGCCAUUCUGGAGGGAUACCGAACAUUUGCGAAGGAGUGCUGUGGGAAAAAAGUUAAUGGACUAGGUUGCUGUAUGGCUGGAAAACAAAGUAAUGUGGGUUGUUGUGGGAAAAAAGUCAAUGGCCCAGGCUGUUGCAUGAAUGAAAAAGAAGACAAUACAGGGUUGAUAUCCUCGGAUCUGUUCAAUCCAUCUGAGUUCCAGCCUUUAGACCCUACACAGGAGCCAAUAUUCCCACCAGAGUUAUUGACUCGCACGGAUCAACCUCGGAAGCAGCUGUGCUUCAGAGGUGAGCAGGUGAUGUGGUUUCAGCCCUCAAGCCUCAAGGAACUGGUGGCACUCAAAGCUCAGUAUCCCACAGCCAAGCUUGUGGUUGGGAACACGGAAGUGGGUAUUGAAAUGAGAUUAAAGAACAUGCUGUACCCAGUAAUCAUAUCACCAGCUUGGAUCCCAGAAAUGAACUCUGUUCAGCGCACAGAGGAGGGAAUCAGUUUUGGUGCCUCUUGCACUCUGAGCCACAUGGAAGCGGUUCUGCAGAAAGCUGUGACUCAGCUCCCUCCUUACAAAUCAGAGGUGUUCAAGGCUGUCCUAGAACAACUGAGAUGGUUUGCAGGGCCUCAAAUCCGAAAUGUUGCUGCUCUUGGGGGAAAUAUAAUGACUGCAAGUCCAAUAUCUGACCUAAAUCCAGUGUUUAUGGCCAGUGGGUGCAAAGUGACUUUGGUGUCCAGUGAGGGAAACAGGACUAUAAGGAUGGAUGAAACAUUCUUUACUGGUUAUAGGAAGACUAUCCUUAAACCUCAGGAACUACUGCUCUCGGUCGAGAUUCCCUUCAGCAGGAAGGGUGAAUAUUUCUCAGCAUUCAAGCAAGCUUCAAGGCGGGAGGAUGACAUUGCUAUAGUGACCUGUGGGAUGAGAGUCCUGUUUCAAGAGGGAACUGAUCGAGUACAAGAUAUUAAGCUGAGCUAUGGAGGAAUGGCUCCCACAACUGUAUUGGCUGUUAAAACUUGUCAGGACCUCACUGGAAGGGAGUGGAAGGAAAAUCUCUUGCAGGAAGCUUGCCGCAUGCUGGCUGGUGAGAUGAAUCUGUCCCCUUCAGCCCCAGGUGGGAUGGUGGACUUCCGACGAACUCUUGUGCUCAGUUUCUUCUUUAAGUUCUAUCUCACCGUGCUUCAGAAAUUAAAUGUAGAACUCAAUGGCAAUAAUAAUCUUGAUGAUGUGGUCCCUUCUAGGUAUGCAAGUGCCACUCUAUUAUUUCACAAGGAUCCCAUUAACAAUGUACAGCUUUUCCAAGAAGUGCCUCCUGGACAGUCCCUUGAGGAUAUGGUGGGGCGACCUCUUGUGCACCUUUCAGCUGCUAAACAGGCAAGCGGGGAGGCAGUGUAUUGUGAUGAUAUACCUCACUAUGAGAAUGAGCUCUACCUAACCCUAGUUACCAGCACCAAAGCGCAUGCCAAGAUUGUUUCUAUUGAUACCACAGAGGCCCAGAGCAUACCUGGUUUUGUGUGCUUUGUCUCUACUAAGGAUGUUCCUGGGAGUAACAUCACUGGCAUUGCUAAUGACGAAACCGUCUUUGCAAAGGACACUGUCACGUGCAUUGGCCACAUCAUUGGUGGGGUAUUGGCAGACACGCAAGAACAUUCCCGAAGAGCUGCUAGAGCAGUCAAGAUCACAUACGAAGACCUUACACCUAUUGUCACCAUUCAGGAAGCCAUUGAAAAACAGUCCUUUUUUAACCUUGUAAGGAAGAUUGAGAAAGGGAAUGUCCAGAAAGGAUUUGAAGAGGCUGAUCAUAUUGUGAAAGGUGAGAUGUACAUUGGUGGGCAGGAGCAUUUUUAUCUGGAGGCUCAUUGCACUAUUGCUGUGCCAAAAGGAGAAGAUGGUGAAAUGGAGCUCUUUGUAUCUACCCAGAAUCCAGCAAAGACACAGGAAUUUGUUGCCAAUGCCUUAGGAGUCCCAUCAAAUCGAAUUGUGGUUCGAGUGAAGAGAAUGGGAGGAGGAUUUGGAGGGAAAGAGACAAGAAACGUCAUUUUAUCUACAGCUGUAGCAGUGGCUGCUGUUAAGACUGGUCGCCCAGUGAGAUGCAUGCUAGAUCGAGAUGAAGAUAUGCUGAUUUCUGGUGGAAGACAUCCUUUUUUGGGACAGUAUAAGGUUGGAUUUAGGAAGAAUGGAAGGAUUACUAGUCUAGAAGUGUCUUAUUACAGCAAUGGAGGGAAUUCUGUUGAUCUUUCUUUUGGAGUUAUGGACAGAGCUUUGUUUCACAUGGACAACUCCUACAACAUCCCAAAUAUCAGAGGCACAGGCAAAGUCUGUAAAACUAACUUGUCCUCCAACACAGCAUUCCGAGGGUUUGGGGGUCCCCAGGGAAUGAUGGUUGCCGAGUGCUGGAUGAGUGACAUUGCCAUGAAAUGUGGACUACCAGCAGAAGAGGUUCGCAAACUCAAUCUGUAUAAUGAAGGAGAUCUGACUCAUUUCAAUCAAAAGCUAGAAGGAUUCACCUUGCAAAGAUGCUGGGAAGAGUGCCUUAUAAAUUCAGACUAUCACUCCAGAAGGAAACUCAUUGUUGAAUUUAACCAGAAGAAUCGCUGGAAGAAGAGAGGCAUGGCCAUUAUUCCCACCAAGUUUGGGAUCAGUUUCACAGUUCCCUGUCUGAAUCAGGCUGGUGCACUGGUACAUGUGUACACUGAUGGUUCAGUAUUGCUCACACAUGGUGGGACAGAGAUGGGCCAGGGCCUUCACACCAAGAUGAUCCAGGUUGCCAGCAAAACUCUUGGAAUACCCACCUCCAAGAUCCAUAUCAGUGAGACAAGCACCAACACAGUGCCAAACACAUCUCCGACAGCAGCUUCUGUCAGUGCUGAUAUCAAUGGGAUGGCUGUCUCAAAUGCUUGUCAGACUAUCUUAAAGAGAUUGGAGCCCAUCAAAUCUGCCAAACCAACAGGAUCCUGGGAAGAGUGGGUGUCAGCAGCCUACUCUGAUUGUGUGAGUCUGUCAGCUACAGGAUUUUAUAGAAUCCCUGACCUUGGAUAUGACUUUGAGAAGAACGAAGGAAAGCCCUUCUGUUACUUUGCUUAUGGCGUUGCCUGUUCUGAGGUUGAGGUAGACUGUCUGACAGGUGACCAUAAGAAUCUUUGCACAGACAUUGUGAUGGAUGUUGGCACCAGCUUGAAUCCAGCUAUAGAUAUAGGGCAGAUAGAAGGAGCCUUUGCCCAAGGUGUUGGGCUCUUUACCCUAGAGGAGCUGCGUUAUUCCCCAGAAGGCAACCUGUACACCCGAGGUCCUGGAAUGUACAAAAUCCCUGCAUUUGGUGACAUCCCAACAGAAUUCCAUGUGUCUCUUCUCCGAGACUGUCCAAACAGCAAAGCCAUUUAUUCAUCCAAGGCUGUGGGUGAACCUCCCUUGUUCCUGUCAGCCUCUGUGUUUUAUGCCAUCAAAGAUGCCAUUGUCUCUGCAAGGGAAGAAUCGGGACUAAAAGAGCUAUUCAGACUGGACAGCCCAGCCACCCCAGAGAGAAUACGCAAUGUUUGUGUUGAUAUCUUCACCAAAAUGUGUCCCUCUGCUGAGCCUGGCACCUUUAAGCCAUGGUCUGUGAGAGUAUGAAUGAAGCAACCUCUAGAAACCCUCUCUGCUGAUCAAGCUGGUUCUACCUCGGGACCACAAGAAAGCAAUGACUCACUGCUGAAAACAGAACUGUAUUCCUGGGUCUGCCCUGCUGAUUUAGGAAGCUUUGCAAUUCAACUGCUGAAUCAUCAGUUGUCUAAGAAAAGGGUAAUUGUUGAUGGAUUAUAGCUGGGAUCAGAGCUUGGAAAAGUUACUUUUUUGAAUUACAACUCCCAUCAGCCCCAGCCAGCAUGACCACUGGAUUGGGCUGAUGGAAGUUGUAGUUCAACAAAGUAACUUUUCCAAGCUCUAGCUGGGAUGUAAAUGUAACAACAAAAGAAUAGCUUUGCUGUUUGUGAAAUUUGAUUUUUUGUAUGUGGCAGAGAUCAGAGAAACACAACCUGUUUGCCAAUAUGUUCACUUUUAAAGUGUAAUUCUUUCAAAGAAAUGCUAAUUUAGUAGCCAGUCCUCUUCCUUCUUUUGUUUUCUCCUUCAUAUUUCAGAAGGAUGAUUGCAAACGACAAUGAGGGCAGGACCCCAUUGCAUUCUCUUGCUGCAUCAUAAUGAUGAGGGAAGUUCUUUAACAUCUAGCUAAUGAGCUCCUAAUUUUUGUUCCCAGUCUCUCUCCCCCCCUUUGAUAUAUUGAAGAUAUCAGAUACACUGGAAGAAAAUGCACUUUUUGCACAAGGCUUGGCUAAUGCUAUGAUCUCGAAUACAUCUAUUUGGAAGUAAGAUGCAUUGAUUUCAAUGCAACUGACUCCAAAGAAAGUGGGUUGAGGGGUGAAAAUGCCAUAGCCUAGGUGCUUUUAAGUUAUGGCAAGCCAGCUUGUCUUGCAACCUACAGUUAGGGUGGCCAGAUGCAAAAGAAGACAGGGCUCUGCCUCUUUCAACGGUUGUGCAGAGUAGAUGACACGCUGCAACUGCUGAAAUCCCCUCUUCUCCACAACUAUCAGAAGAGCAGGAGCCUAUUUUGCAUCAGGCCAUCUUACAAUGCCUUUCUUAUUUGAUUUUGCUGAAAAUAGUCUAGGCUUUAGUCUGCUGGGUUGCAGUGAGACAGAUACUGUGUUGAGGCUCUCAAAGGAUUGCUGUUACACCUUACUGUGAAGUACAGAGGCUUUCUGAAGACACUCCAUUAGGUGGAUAUUUAUUAUAGGCUUUCCUUCUGUGCUAUGAAGCUGUGUGCAGCAGCAACUAAAGGCCAUUUAGUAGCUAUUUUCACAUUUCCUAAAGUUAUUACAAAAUUCUGCAAACUUGGUUGAUUCAUGUCAUGAAAGUUUAAGGCGAACACCACCAAGUGAACUGAAGCACAUUGUAUGGUUAUUCUUGUAGACAGAGCUAUCGCUGUGCUUAAAUGGCAAAGUAAUGGUCCUGAAAUGAUGCAGAAACGGGAGGGGUCCUGGACAGCUGGCCAGGUUUGCUCCAAGGUUAAUCUAUGUGCCCCCAAAGAUGUAUCCAUUCAUAAUACAUAUGUUUGAAUGAAAUGUAGCAAACCAUGUAAGUCCUCUUGCACAGUUUACACUUCAUUUCCCCAGACCGCAUAAUGCAUUCCGUAUGCUAAACACCUCCUUUUAUAGCAAAACAAAAACAGCCUUAUAGGAACAGGCUCCCUGAGAGAAGUAAAUGCAAGCUUAUCCCCCAGACGUUCAGAAAUCAAUGCAGUAUAUCAUUCAAGGAAACAUUCUGUGUGUGUCAUGCCUUUGGGAUAUAAUCUUCUUUGUAACAUCAGGCAUGUUAUAUGAAAGCAAAGAACUUUCUGUACCUUUUUAAGAGCAGAAGCAUAGUCAGCAUUAACUGAUGUUUUAUUUUCUUGAUUGCCGCUAGUAAAUUGUACUUUCACAAUAUAAGAAAAUAGCCUACCAGAAGUGGAUAUGUGUAUGAGCCAUAAUCAAAACACAUAUUGCUUUUCUAAUGGUUUGCUUAGUAUGUUAAGAUGCCUAUCUUGUCUAGGGGCAUUACAUGCUAUUCUAGUACUGUUGAAUAAUAAUAGGUGGUAACCAAGGCUAGUCAUACUCAGAGCAGACCCACUGAAAUUAAUGGGCAUGACUAACUUGGUUCCAUUCAUGUCAAGACAUCUACUCCAAGUGGGACUUAAUUGAAUUUAGUCCAAUAAGUUGCCACCACUUUCGCCGUUUACCAUUUAAUGACUCCUAGCUGUUGAUAGAUAACAUUUUGUGUCUCAUUAGAACAAAGAGAAUGGAUUGAUCACAUCCCCUAUACUGGUGUUAUGUUGACUUUUGUGGUUUGUGUAAUAUUUGUGGUGCACAGGCAGAACAAAGCACAUGGCAGCCCUAGUGCAGUGAUUUUGUACUACAUACUUUUUGCAGAACAAAGGCCAUGAUUUCUUUCUAGUCCACAUAAUAUUUUGGUAAGCAAAGACACAAACCAAAAGCAAUAUAAGAAGAAAUAGUAAUGAUGGCCUAUCAUUGUUAAUCCUUGGUAGUGAUGACAAGUUUCCAGGAAGCUUUUGCUUUAAUUCAAGACUUUAUGGAAUUUUUUUAAUGAGCUUUCUCGUUAGUUGGUGUCUUUGUGAUCUGGAUAUAUAAGAAAUUCUGCUCGAAAUGAACAAUUUUGAAAAAAUAAAUGUACUCUUAAAAGUG